AUGAGAGAAAAAGUUGGGAUCGGUGACGGAGCGAGGGGAAGGUCAGUGGUGAUCCAGUUCGAAGACGAAGCGGAGGAAACAGUCGGCGUCGGCCCUGUCACCAUCAGAUUCCUCAGCAGAUUCACAGGACACGUGAGUGCCUUCAAUGCCAAGUUAAUCGACAGCGAUUUCCGAAAAAAGGAUCUCUGCCUUACUUUCAACUACCGCCGUGACAAAGAAGUCAUACUUGAAGUCCAGCAGGACCCAGAUUUUGAAAUCUAUUCAAAGAAGACCGCACGGCAAGGGCUUCGACUGGCACUGGCACCGCAUUUCCAGAUAAGCUCAGACAAGUCUUCAUAUACUGUGGGACACAGGCUCUUCAUUCAAAACCCUCAGGAUUUUACACAUACGCUUGAGGAUGGAAUCAAAACUAAUCUGGGAACGAUUUCCAAUAUUGGCCUAAAGAUGGUGGAGUUCGAACGAAUCCCUCCAGACUUAGGGGGAAAUUGCGCCGUUGAUUCUUACCUCAUGCAGCGAUUCGACCCCAACAUCUUUAGAAUCACAAAUGAAACCCCAUAUUCCAAGGAGGUGUGUCUAAAAUGUUGCGUUGCCACUCAAUUGAUGCUUGACUUCAAUGUCUCAUUGGCCAGCAUGCUCAAGAUGAGGAUCGACUAUGGUUUUAUUUACGAGCCCCAUAAAUUCUUGGACGAAUUCGAAGAGGGAGUGAUGGUAUACCCGGGCAAGGGGAUCCUCGAGUUCGCAUAUGUUGACAUGGGUCAAUACCCCGACGAUUCCAAUUUGACAAUCGAGGUCAUUCUUCGUACUCUACUUCAUGUGAAGGAGUAUUUGAAGCCCAAACUCUUCCUGCAGAUGGACAAUAGUACCAGGGAGAACAAGAACAAAUACCUCUGCGCACUGGCUCAUCUACUCGUAGAGGAAGGAAUAUUUGAAGAGGUGGUCUUCAACUUUCAUCCAGUUGGACAUACUCAUGAGGAUAUUGACCAACUCUUCAGCUCAGUGAACCAUUAUCUGAGGGUUAGAGACACAUGCACAGUAAAUGAUUUGAUGACGUGUCUGCAAGAGAUUAGAAGAAGAGGGAGACCUGAAAAUCUUCAUGCUGAAGAAUUGAAUGCCGUCCACAACUUCAAGACUGUCAUCCAGGAUCAUUUUCCACGUCAUUUUCGUGGACCAAACCUCAUUCAUUCCGAUUCAGGAAAUCCAAAGGAAUCACACAAAUGCACAUUCGAUUGCAUGCUGGAGAAGCCUGGUGCCCCAAUGAGCAUGAUAUUCAAUACAUCAGGGAGUGCCUUGGCCCAGACCUUGGAUAUGUAUGUCUACAGGAGUAUAGUUGUAGAAGUCUUUCUCAGGCUUGGAACGACUCCAGCACUCAAUGCAUUCGGUGUUCUGGUGCCUCCUGAUUGGAAUGCAGCUGGACUAGAGGUGGUGAGGGCAUCCAUCCAAAAUUACUUCCCAGAAAUGUCUGAAGACAAAGUCCACGCUUGGCAUGUGUUUUCUCCAGACACGCAGCAAUCCAUGGAACCAGUAUUGUACCUUCUAAAGCUGAGAGACUACAAGAACGCUUCAACUGAACAACCUGCCGGCUUAACUCCAACCAUGCAAUCCUACCUGGCGAACAUGAAAAGUCAGAUGCUCGGACCAUUGCAACAGGUGGCCUUCAACUUUCAUCCAGUUGGACAUACUCAUGAGGAUAUUGACCAACUCUUCAGCUCAGUGAACCAUUAUCUGAGGGUUAGAGACACAUGCACAGUAAAUGAUUUGAUGAUGUGUCUGCAAGAGAUUAGAAGAAGAGGGAGACCUGAAAAUCUUCAUGCUGAAGAAUUGAAUGCCGUCCACAACUUCAAGACUGUCAUCCAGGAUCAUUUUCCACGUCAUUUUCGUGGACCAAACCUCAUUCAUUCCGAUUCAGGAAAUCCAAAGGAAUCACACAAAUGCACAUUCGAUUGCAUGCUGGAGAAGCCUGGUGCCCCAAUGAGCAUGAUAUUCAAUACAUCAGGGAGUGCCUUGGCCCAGACCUUGGAUAUGUAUGUCUACAGGAGUAUAGUUGUAGAAGUCUUUCUCAGGCUUGGAACGACUCCAGCACUCAAUGCAUUCGGUGUUCUGGUGCCUCCUGAUUGGAAUGCAGCUGGACUAGAGGUGGUGAGGGCAUCCAUCCAAAAUUACUUCCCAGAAAUGUCUGAAGACAAAGUCCACGCUUGGCAUGUGUUUUCUCCAGACACGCAGCAAUCCAUGGAACCAGUAUUGUACCUUCUAAAGCUGAGAGACUACAAGAACGCUUCAACUGAACAACCUGCCGGCUUAACUCCAACCAUGCAAUCCUACCUGGCGAACAUGAAAAGUCAGAUGCUCGGACCAUUGCAACAGCCUAUCAUCGGUUCCAUUGGCAGUCGGAGACUGGGCAUAUGUGCUGGGACCAACGACCUUCAUCCGGGGAUGUUGGCCGUCGUCAAUACAGAGGAGAAAACGUCACGGCCAUGGAUGGGAAAGAUAACCUCCGUAGAAGAGAAAGAAGUGACCAUCCACUGGUACCAGGGGACUUGUGAGAAAUCUUGGAACCCAAUGACUGGAGUUGAAAGCCUUUCAACCGUUCCCCGAGAAUCACUCCUCUUAUGGGGAUUCACUCUACAAGACAAGAGGCAGCUGCUGAGGAGCGAAAUGAGGGAAGAAUUAAAGCGGCUUUAUCAAGAGACUGACCAAAUAAUGCAACGUGAACCAGAGACUUCAGAAGAAAACUAG